AAAAAACGGACAGACCAUAGUUGAGCAGGCCUGGUCAGCCGCCUCCGGUAUAGGGCCACCUGGCGAGGGGGCGUUGGGCAGCAAAACAGAGAGAUGGGAACGCACCAUGUCACGAGAGGACAGUAGGGAGGGUUCUGGGCUGUCGAGACCUGCAAACAGCGGGGGUGGAAGGAGGAAUGGACAGGCACGGCGGUUGAAAUGACAACGGCUCCCCAACUCACCAGGCCUGCGACACCUUGCAACGCCAACGUGGGGGCAGCAUACCUGUGAGCUGGCGUACCGUCGCAGCUAUAAGGGUGGGGAGAGAGGGAGUGAGGGAGCAGCACUUCAGAAAAUGGGAAAUCAGCCAGGGAGAGGGAAAGGGGGAAAACGGACAGACCAUAAUUGAGCAGGCCUGGUCAGCCGCCUCCGGUAUAGGGCCACCUUGCGAGGGGGCGUUGGGCAGCAAAACAGAGAGAUGGGCACGCAUCAUGUCACGAGAGGACAGUAGGGAGGGUUCUGGGCAGUCGAGACCUGCAAACAGCGCGGGUGGAAGGAGGAAUGGACAGGCACGGCGGUUGAAAUGACAACGGCUCCCCAACUCACCAGGCCUGCGACACCUUGCAACGCCAACGUGGGGGCAGCAUACCUGUGAGCUGGCCUACCGUCGCAGCUAUAAGGGUGGGGAGAGAGGGAGUGAGGGAGCAGCACCUCAGAAAAUGGGAACUAAGCCAGGGAGAGGGAAAGGCGAAAAAAGGGACAGACCAUAGUUGAGCAGGCCUGGUCAGCCGCCUCCGGUAUAGGGCCACCUGGCCUGGGGGCGUUGGGCAGCAAAACAGAGAUAUGGGAACGCACCAUGUCACGAGAGGACAGUAGGGAGGGUUCUGGGCUGUCGAGACCUGCAAACAGCGCGGGUGGAAGGAGGUAUGGACAGGCACGGCGGUUGAAAUGACAACAGCGGACAUACUCACCAGGCCUGCGACACCUUGCAACGCCAACGUGGGGGCAGCAUACCUGUGAGAAGGCCAUGGACAACCCAGUUAUACGCACGGGGAGUGAGGGAUAGAGGGAGAAGGCCCCUGGAAACGGCCAGUACUGCGUUGAGGUAAGGACGGGAUGAACGGGAUGGGUGGUGUUACGGUUACAACACCAACACAUCCACCAGGAUGAGGCCGGGAGUAGCAAACAAAUGGCCACUGGGCCAACAACAUUGACACGUAUGGGUGAGUAUGAAAGGCCGUCACACGAACUUACCCCCAUUUCGGUUGCGUCUGGAAUUCCCACAAACCGGCCAUCGGGCCCAGUCGGCAGCGCCCCAACCACCCUGACCGGCUUCUCUCCCGACGCGCCAGCCGUUGCCUGAGCCGCCUCUCCCCGUACACCUUUGGCAACGUGGCAUGCUGGCACUCGUGCGAACGCGUCGGGUGAUGCAUCGUCAGCAUCGGAGCCGUCGUGCUUGUCGCUUGCAUCUCGUGGCUUUUCGGCAUCCAGCCCGUCGUGAGCAGCCCCGCACCCGACAGGAGCUGCGUGAACGGGCCUGUGUUGGGCACCGCGUGACCAUGCUCAUGGUCAUGUCCGCCAUUGUCGCCCGUGUUGCCAGCAGCCAUGACACUCUUUUCAUACCGCUCGAGCCGCGCGAAAAGCUCUCUCAGGGUCACUCCGCCGGCAAGAGCGUUGCCGUGUGACUCAGCCAUAUGGCGCAGCUCGAUGCCGGCCUGCUUCGCCUCAUCCCUCUGUACUUGCAUAGACGGCACCUCGCUGGUGGGCACGGCAGCGCGGGUGUUUGCCCCCGUGGGAGCCAAUGACCCAUUGCAAGCCGGGUGGCUUGCGGCGCCCAGCGUCGAAACCCCAUGUUCCGCCCCGUCAGGUGAAGUGUUCGCGAGCAUUCUGAGCCCACCGUACUGUAGCGCACGGAGCAGACGUCGCCCACCAUCAGGUUCCUCAAAAACGCGUUUCCUCUCCUGCUCCGCUCUCGCGGGUGUUGAGACACCACCACCAGUGCUUGGCGACCUGCCAGCAAGGCCACUGCGUGUUGGUGACGCUAACGCUGCAGCCGCCCGAGCUGUGCCGUCUGCGACGCCUUCGCGCUGCAUGGAGCCUGGAGUGUCGGCCUCUGGAUCGCCGGCGUAAAAGUCUUCGACCCGCUUCUCGGUGAAGUCGUUGUCACCGACGUGUGGGGUCUCGUCGGCAUCCUCCUCCACCCGCAAGUCGUAAAUGUUGACCUUGUCAUUGGCGGCAUCAUUCCCAAGAAGUCGCGCGGUGACCACCGGCGGACGACCGUCGCUUCUCCGCCUCGCCCCAUCCGUCCUACCAGCUGCAACACCCUUUGCCGCCCCUGUCGCUGACCCUCGCCCCCCACCGCGCUUCACGGGCUGGCGCUGUUUAUCCUGGGGGAGCACCUCUUCAACGGCAUCUGCUGCGGCUUUGGCGUUCAGCCACACAGCUUGAUGCUGGAAGUCGUCAAGGUCUGCUGGAAAACCCCGGCCGAUGGUGUCUCCCGCACUUCCAGCCAUCGUGGCCUCCCCUUGACCGUUUGGGGACUCCUGCGGGUUGUUGUCCGAGACGCUCUCAACACUCUUGCAUGCACCAGACCCUGCGGCAUCCGUAUGGCCCAAAAUGCAUGCAAACAGGACUACGUUAGCUCGCUGGGCGUGUCUCGGAGCAAACAAUGGUGCGUCAUGCUGAGGUAAGCCACUGGACUCGCGCAUAACAGACUCACCGCUCUUCCACGCACCCGUGCUAGCUUGAGGAAGCGCUCCGAACUCUGCCAGCUUCUUGACGCGUGGCGCGGGCGUGGUCAGUGCUGAACCCAGCCGCACAGCCGUGGCGAGGGUGAGUCCGUACGGUAAACCAAUCGGGUGUGACGUGUUUGCCGGUGCUUUGGCGACGCCACUGUGCAGGUGCGAAGCAGGAGAUGGGUGAUAUUCUCGGUAUUCGGGUAACAGAGCGAGUAGUUUAUUCACACCCUUCAGGUACACCGCCUUGGUUGGCCUUGGGCUGUUACGGCUAGAAGCCUGGUAGACAUUCCCAUCCGUCCAUGCUGAGGGCCUCCUAUCCUGUGGUGGCCGUGAGGAUGCAAUGCUACCCAUACCGGAAACUUGGACUCUAUUGAAAUGCACAACAGCCUCCCUCUCCUCGUCCUAUUGUGGUGACAUUCCUCUGACCAUCGCUUCGCUGCGUACCACUUGCCUCCGCGUCAACCUGUUGCCCAUGAAGCUAGGCGCUUUCAAGAAGUUCGCCAGGAUACGCCAACCGCCGUGCUUCGGACGCCCUCGAGUGACACAUAUUUCACAACAGCGGCAAGAUACUCCGCUUCUGAGCAUCGGGCAAUGAUGCAAAUCAUGCCCCUUAUCAUCCACCUUCCAAGACGGGCGGUGGUGGCUGAGGCUGUAAUCGCAUUUGUGUGCUGGUACAAGUCUCUGUUCCAUGUGGAAUACCACACAGACGCCACGCUGGACGCGGCGGAGGCGGAAACCCACAGGGUUGUGGCCCUCUUGACGAUGGCAUUCCCAAAUCAUUCGUCCCUUUGGCAGAUCAUCAAAGUCCACAUGCUAACCCACAUAAUUCCUACCAUUCGAAUGCAUGGCCUAACCAAGGAAUACAACUCUAAUCUGUACGAGCAUUCCCACAAAAACACUGUCAAACGUCCCGCGCGCAACACCAACUGGGUGAACGUAACAGGACAGAUCAUCCGUCGCCAUGUGAAGAUGGCCACCCUGAAGGAGCUUACCCGCGAAGUGGGUGGCGAUCCUUCGUACGAGACUGCUAUGAGGCAGGCUACGCUGCUAAACCGGCGAGUUUUGACACGCACCAGUCGGCGCAUGGAUGUCGGGGACCCGCACGACACAAUCCUUGGGGAAUACACCCAGCAGCUUGGCCCUGCACUGAUGAGCAGAUUCAUUGGCGCCCUGCGGCGCGCGCACAUCGCAUCCAACAGCAUCCAGGUUCACACAUCGCUCACCAUUCCCCCCCAUGACCGCAUGGAAUGGUCGGCACGCAGGCAGUUUAUUAAGGCUUCUCCAAAACAGAAGUGGUUCUCGCAUAUCCGGAUUGAUGCUGCCGGCACGGAGUGGUGGGGGCGAGCUCUGGUGUUGUUCAAAGCGUUACACGAGCGUGGGCAUGAGGUGCAGCGUGCUUUCAUCCAGUACUAUUCUGCUGCUCGUGGACCCUGCCCAGACACAGGGUGCACCCGCCUUCUUCCAACGUCUGGCCGAGAUGCAGUGGGUGUCAUCGAUGUUGAUUCGUUUCUGGCUUGUGCGCACAUUGUUCCGUCGUUCACAGCCCGACCGUACCGCCUGGUCAAUCGAUUUUUGUUCUAGCUUGUCUCAGGGUCUUGUUUUUCACACACUGGCCGAUGCUAUGUAACGUAACCGAACUCCAAUCGAU